AUGGAUAUUCCAUUAUAUGUCUCACUUAUAAGUGGAGCAUGUGCAGGUAUAGCAACAGAUCUAGCAUUCUUCCCCAUCGAUACAAUAAAAACAAGGUUACAGGCAAAGAAUGGUUUUUUUCAAAAUGGAGGUUGGUCAGGCAUUUAUAAAGGUUUAGGUUCUUGUAUAAUUGCAUCAGCACCAUCUGCAUCAUUAUUCUUUAUCGCAUACGAUCAAACAAAAACAAAACUAUCAACACUAUCAACAGUUUCAAUAUCACCAGUUUUUAAACAUAUGAUAGCUGCUACAAUUGGUGAAAUUUGUGCUUGUACGGUGAGAGUGCCCGCAGAAGUUAUAAAACAAAGAACACAAUCAAAUCACCUAGGUAAUUCUACGUCAUUAUCAAAUCUUAAAUAUUUAUUAACUAAUAAAUCAGGAGAGGGAAUAAUAAAGGGUCUUUAUCGAGGUUGGAAUUCGACAAUUAUAAGAGAGAUACCAUUCACAAUUAUACAAUUUCCACUAUAUGAAUAUUUGAAGACUAAAUUAAAAGUAGGUAAGGGAGUUGGAGAAGGGGCUGUUUGUGGAAUGAUUGCUGGUGGAGUAGCGGCUGCGAUCACAACACCUCUCGAUGUUUUAAAAACUAGAAUUAUGUUAAAUAAUGAAAGAGUGUCCUAUGUUAAAAUUUUUAAUCAGUUGGUUAAUCAAGAAGGUUAUUCUGUUUUGUUGAAAGGUGUUUUGCCAAGGACUUGUUGGAUUAGUUGUGGUGGGGCUAUAUUUUUGGGUGUUUAUGAAUUGGUUAAUAAUGAAUUAAUGAAAUAUCAUAAUAAUAAAUUGAAAUAA